AUGAAAAAAAAAUAAACUAAAAAGAAUUAGAAUAAUAAUUCUAAAUUAAGUAUAACAAAACUUAUAAAAUUAAUGGAUGAUUAACAUAAAAGAGGUUAAUACAAAGAUUAUCCAUUAUAUGGUUUAAGUUUUGCAAAUUUAAGGAUAAAUAUAAUUACACCAGAAAUUAAUAAAUACCUUUAAAAAUUUCCAAAUGAAAGUAUCUUAUUGCAAUUAUUUCAUUAGAGUAUCUAGGUUUUACAAAAUGUCAUUUAUGUAAUUUGGAAGGAUUGGAUUAUCCAGGAGAAAAAUUAAUUUCAAUAAAUAUGAACUAUACAAUUACCUUAGAGGGGAUAGUUUAUAAAAAAUUUCAACAAUGUACCCCAACAUAACUCAUUUAGAUCUUAGUCAUAAUUUAAUAUCAAAUAUAGAAGUAUAAAUGAAUAUUAUUAAAGGAUUUGAAUCAUUUAAAAAAUUUUAAGAAUUUAUAACAUCUUGAUCUGUGUUUUAAUCCAGUAAAAAGAUUUAAGGAAUAUAGAAAGAUAAUUUUUGAAUUGGUUCCUGAUUUGUAAAAUUUAGAUGAUUAGUAAGAUAUUGAUGAUUCAGAUGAUAAUUCUAGCAGAGAUAAUUGGGUAUUGAUUAAUUAUAUAUUUAAAGGAAUCUAAUUAAGAAGAGAGUGAAAGUGAGGCUAGUUUUAAUGAAGAGAGUAGUGAUGAAGAUGUUAAGCCAAAAAAGAGAAAGAAAGUAAAGAAAUGAUUUAUUAUUAAUCAUGGUUUGGAU